CCCACAAAAUUCACAAUGGCAAAGCAGACAAAUAUUGCUGCUCUCCUUUUGGUUCUCUUGGGCUUAGCCGCCGCCGUCACAACCACCAUGACAACCACCACAAUGGAGGAGAAGGAGAACACCGGAAAGUUCCCUCAAUGCCGGCAACAGGUGGAGGGACGCGAUUUCCGCUACUGCCAGAUGUUCUUGAUGCAAAGAACCACUUAUAAUGAUGGAACUUUGUUGAAUAUGGUUGUCACUAGCACCAACCGCCGUGAGCAACCAAUAUUUAAGAAGAAAUGCUGCGAACAAUUGCGUGGCAUUAAUUCGCAGUGCGUGUGCGACGCGGUUAGGCACAUGGUGAAGCAGCAGAAGGGUGAGAAAACGGAGAAGAUGAAGAAGAAAGCUUCGAUGCUUCCUCGUAUGUGUAAUAUAAGAAAACAACCCUGCCCUAGGUACUAAACAGGCACAUCAGUGAUCAGUUCAUAGUUAAGUUUAUUUUCGUACCUUUUAAUUAGAGGUCAGGUCAAGCCUCAUCCUAAGAAUCUUUUUUAAUAGUUUUUAUGGCGUGUUUAGGGAAAAAAUAAAUUUCAAAAUUUUAUCUAUUUCUCUACUGAUUUCUAUCAUUUUCUCAAUCUAUUAAUAAGAGUUCUUUAAUUU